AACAUUAUAGUAUUUGCUGGGACAUUUAAAUCUUGGGAGAAAUUUUAUGUUGUCGUUAUAAAACAGUUUUUAUAUUAUUUCGGUUAAAUUUGGGCAAACAUUUUUCACCAUGUUUGCAAUCAGGAUUGCUUUCUUACUGUAUUUAAUUGUGCAUUUAAGCACGUGCCUUAAGAGAACAGACGAAACUGUUGAUUAUUUCAAAUUGAUUCAGCACGCGCAAAGAACUAGUGAGGCGUCGAGGAAAUAUUCUCUAGAGGAGAACGCGCUACCAAUUGAACAUUUACAAGUGACGAACAGUUACGAAAAAGUGUUAGCACGUGCGGAAGAGAUUCAGGCGUCCGGUUUUGAUGACGUAAGCCCUUAUGAUGUUAGCAGUGUAUGUUUAAACCAUACAAAAUUAUUAAUUGAUGCAUUGAUACGACGGGAGCCUUGGGCAUGGAGAAUGAUUGAUGCCAUGGGGAAACCCCCUAGUGGUAUCAUGGACUUUCAUAUUCAUUGGAUCGGGGAAUGGAGUGAAUGCAUUGACGUGCAGGCAAUCGAGUACCAGAACCCUGCUAAUAAAACGGGGCCAAGUCACCCUUUUACCGGCGAAUAUUGUUUGGCGUCUAUACCCUUGGGAAAUCAGGGAGCACUUGGACAGGCCGCAGUUUUGGCCAUUGGGAUGUGUUUCCCGGACACGUGUAGUUCUUCUGAUGCAACGGCUUUGGCAAAAACACUGGUGAGCUUGAUAGAUGUGAAUGCAACGUCACGUGUACAGGUCACGUGUCAAGAAAAGUCUCUGGAAUAUACUGGAAAAGCUAUAGCAGUCAUCGUUAUAUGUUCACUAUUUGCGGCAGUUAUCGUUCUUGCAACAGCCUACGACAUCUUCCUUAAUCAUUAUAUGGCGAGCAGAGAGUCAGAAUACAAACUAAUAAAUAAUGGGACCGACUACGGUGCCUUUAAUGACGUCACAAAUGAACGCGAUGGAAACAGAUACGUCAUAGAUACGUCCGAAUCAACACCGCUAUACGCUGACAAAGGUAACCAAGAUUCCAGAAACGAUGAAAUAUCCUAUGCCGGGCAAAACACGUUAUUGAAAGCCGGAUCAAAGGCAGUAAAAAAUGAGCUAACAGGAAAAAUGGCCAACCUGUUAUUAUCAUUCUCUGUUUACUCAAAUGCGCCGAAAAUAUUUAGCACAAACCAACCAUCUGGAACAUUGACAAGCGUAAAUGGUAUACGGUUUCUGAGCAUGACAUGGGUCAUAUUAGGACAUACGUAUGCCUUUGGAUUUACUUUAACCGACAAUGCUGCCACAUUCUACCCCGAAAUGAUUAAGAGAUUCACAUUCCAGGCCAUUUCUAAUGCUACCGUUUCUGUUGACACGUUCUUCGUUCUCAGUGGAUUGUUGGUUUCAUACCUUUCUCUUCGUGAAAUGGAAAAGAGAGGUGGCGCCCGUAAAUUUAAGUGGGGAAUGUUUUACUUUCAUAGAUUUUGGAGAUUGACACCACCGUACAUGUUGCUACUAAUGUUAUACGUUCCAACCUUUAAAUACUGGGGCAAUGGACCAGGCUGGCCACAAAAUGGGGUUGAUGUAGACGAGUGCAAGGAUACCUGGUGGACUAAUUUAUUAUAUAUCAACAACUUAGUUAGAACUGAUAAAAUGUGUAUGGGAUGGAGCUGGUACCUGGCUAAUGACAUGCAGUUUUAUGUUCUGAGCCCUUUAAUGCUGGUUCCCUUGUAUUAUUCACCCCUCUGGGGCACCGUCUCAUGCCUCUGCCUGAUACUGGUAAACUUCAUCAGCGCUGGAGUUAUUUCUAAACAGAACCAUUUGAGUGCAAACUUACUGGCGGCAAAUGGAAAUGAGGCGAUGGCAGAUUUAUAUAUCAAACCUUGGACUCGUAUAGGACCUUACGUCGUAGGAUUCUUUACUGGAUAUCUUCUACAUAUUACAAAGUGCAAGGUCAAAAUGUCACAGAUAUUAAAUGUUGUCGGCUGGAUUGUGGCAACAACAACUGCUAUGCUAGUUUUAUACGGCUUAUACUCACCAGAUGGUUCAAAAAUUCUCAGCGAUGAUACGUCGGCAUUCUAUAAUGCCACGUCAAGAACUGCAUGGGGAAUGUGUGUUGCUUGGGUUGUUUUCGCGUGUGCCAGUGGAUAUGGAGGCCCUGUUAAUAAGCUAUUGUCAUGGCGUGCAAUUAUUCCUCUGAGCCGCCUGACGUAUUGUGCAUAUCUAGUACAUCCGCUCGUGAUGUAUACAUAUUAUUCUAGCAAAAGAACCUUGAUGAGAUGGUACGAUUUUGAAAUGAUAUACAUUUUCCUGGGCCACUUAUGUGUAUCGUAUGCUGCAGCGUUUGUCAUUUCUCUGGCGUUUGAAUCUCCAAUGAUGGGACUAGAGAAAGUGUUGUUGGGAAGAAAGAAAAAUAGUUGAUCACCAUGGCAACAUAGAUAAACAAAUAAAAAGUGCAAUAUGAGUGAACUGUUUAGUUCAUUCACUUACAUAACGCUUCGUAACCAGACUAUAUCUGAUUUUUUAAAGAUAUUUUUCCUUAUAUUUUAUGUGUUCCUUUUUGAACGUGUCUCUUGUUGUUUACAUGUCUUUUGAAGAAGUUUUAUGAAUUUGUGACUUUGAGUUUACAUCGUAAACAUGGAAUAAUGUCAUGCUUUAAAACAACAAUUUGUGUCAUAAUUCAAUGUUUAUGGUCUGACCCAGACCUCAACACUUUAUUGUAUAAAAUAUCAACUCUUUUUCAACCUGUAACCGAAUGUAGUUGGGUGAGGGAGGAAUUUAAGUCAAAAGUCUUUUUUAAAUUGAUUACAUGUGCAUUUCGAGAGAAGUAAAUAUUGGUUAAAAUAAUUAUUAGAAAAAUGUUCAAUUGAAAUAAAACAUGUUCAUGGAAAGCGUUGAAAUUCAACAGGUUAUUACUUUGUAAGUUUCGAUUUUUCAUGUCUGUGCUGGCGAAAGUUAUGCUGCUUCUUUAUAAAAAAAAAGCUGGAGACUAGUUAAUGGAAUGGUGCUUUCCUAUUCAAACUUUCAUUUUUCAUUUCUUUAAUAAGCCAUUCAGUUGCGUGUAUUGAAAGACAAAUUUACAGACCUAUGCCAUACGUGCAUUUAGUUAUGAUUAUGUUUUGCCAUAAUUUACUAGUAUUGCAUUCUUUCACUGAUAUAACUUCUAUAGCCUUCGAAACGUUAUGUCAACCAUAAAUAAAUAAAUACCAUACAUUGCACGGCGUGCAGGGAUAUUCCAAACAUGUUAUUUAAAAUAAAUUUUGUUAUUAAUAUUAAACUGAAUAUUAAUAUGUGAAAACAAAGAUGUGUUUUACAACUUACGACUUUAAACGUUUUCGUCUUAUUAUUUUAUGGUUGAAUGAAAAAAGAAAUAAU